CCGUUGCGGCUCGGUCAAACGAUGGCCCACACUGGGCUCAGCGUAUCCCUUCGUCGCAUAAUUCGAAGCUCAUGAGCCCUUGGCAGUGUGACUGCCGGCUGUGUGCGGCAUGCUCCAGGCCAACAAGGGCAAUGUCAUCUCGAGGUUUCACAAGACCUCCUUGGAGAUACGAAACAUGGAGCUCACGUACUACCUGACAGUCUUCAACAGAUUGUCCUCCAUCUCCUCCAUCUUGGCGGGCUUCGCCGCCUCGGGGCUCACGAUGAGCGUACCAAGCUGGGAAGACUCGGUGCUGGUCACAGCAUACUUGAUCUUCACCAGCAGUGCCUUCGGCAUGAACCUUCUGGUGAUUCUCAUCGCCACGCUGUGCAACCUCUGGGGCCCCGGCAAGGCGCUGCGGGGUGCAGACCAGGCGCACCUGCACCAGGCCAUUGAGGUGCUGGAGCAGGCGCAGAAGGAGGCGAUGCGCUUCUUUGUGAUGGGCCUCUUCUGCUACUUCAUCUCCACCAUUUUGGUUGUGUGGCUCUUCUUCGACAAGAUGGGUGCCACAGUGACCACAGCCAUCCUGAUCAUCUUCUGCCUUAUGCUGGUCCGGCAGAGUUUGGUGAUCCGCCGCGCCUUCAUCCCCAGCGAGGGCUUCGCCACCGGAGUGCUCCAGGGGAAUCCCGUGCGGAGCCGCGCGGAGUGAGCCGGAGACCUUGGCCAGCGAGGGGAGGUGGUCUCUCUCUUUCACGGGAAGACACUGC